CUAUGUAAAGAAAACCACUUUACCGAUGGACACCUAUUCAGUGCUUUCCUUUAUUUAUUACUUUGUCUUUGGUGCAUAAAAGACAUAUCCUGAAGGCUGUCAGUCUGUGGACUUAGCUUGUCAAAUAUUACUAGGACUUGCGUUUUUGGCGGGAAAGGCAAAGUGCGCUUUUUAAUUGAAAAUUGUUAAAAAAUAUAGUUCUUGAGUGUAAAUAGUACAUUUUGUAAAUAGUUUUCGUUAAACUGUGGUACAAUGCCGUCAGAUAGUGACGGCGGUGAUUUAGAGCCAGCAGCGGGCAAAAAGAGGAAGAAAAUGCAAAAGGAGAAACCCUCUGAAAGUGAUGGUGCAAAAUACAAACCAUUUACAAAACCAGGGUAUCGCCGGGCGUACGGCGAUACUAGUACCAAUUCAGAAUUCCCUGUAUACGUAGAAAGCACAGAAGAUAUCAAACUAGAAAACAAAAAUCCCCUGGUGGUAUCCAAAUAUUUUAAACAAGUAAAAGGUGUAAGUGAAAGUAGGCGCAUAAACGCUACUAAAAUUAUCUUCAAAUAAGCGACAGCGGCUAAUGACUUUUUGAAGCACGAGUGCCUUUCAGUUCAUAAACUUCGAGCGUUCAUCCCGGCGUCCUCUGUGGAAAGGGUGGGGGUGGUUAGGUUUAUUCCAAAAGAAUCUAGCAAUCAGGAACUAUUCAAUAAACUCUCCUCGGAAAGUGAAGUAAUAGGUGUAAAGAGAUUUUUGAAAAAAGUGGGAGAGGAGCUAAUUCCUCUGUCCACUAUCAGUGUAAUUUUCAGCGGUACUAGUCUACCGCAGUAUAUUUAUUUGGACAACUGGAGAUACAAAGUUUUCACUUAUGUUCCUCCUUUGAUGCAAUGUUUUAAAUGUAUGAAAUUUAACCAUUAUGGGAAAAUUUGUAAAAAUCAGCAAAUAUGCUCACGGUGCGCUGGCGAGCACCAUUACAAGGACUGCACGACAGAUACACUGAAGUGCAGCAAUUGUGGGGGUGCGCAUCUUGCAAUAUCAAAAACGUGUCCUGUAAAGGCAGCGAGAAUGGAGAGGAACAAAAAAGAAACCUACUCAAAAGUAGCUCAAAUAAGUAGUGCGAGUUUCCCUCCACUCCCAAAGCCUCAGAGCCCUCAGACAUAUCAAAAAACCAAACUACAUACUCACAGCCUAAGCAAAUUACACAGACAAAGACAGAAAAGGGUUUGGAUUGGUCUGGUACGUCUUCUGUAG